UUCCUCGUGCAGAAUUAUAUAUCCUAUCCUCACACUACAUUCAGCCUAGCUUGGCCUCUUGCGUAUAUACGACGAUUGUUGUGUCGCUGCGCCUGCGCCUGCGUGCUUAGCCGGGGCAAGGACGCAAGGUACGGUGAUCGGAAGCGACGAGAGGCGGAUCGCGCGGAUUGAUGGCUCUGGGAGCGGAGACCCUGCGGCGGCCGUUCCCGGCCGGUGGCAGCGACGGGGAGGUCUCGGGUACGGGGGCGCUGGUGUUCCUCGCCACGGACGGGGACCGGCCGGUCGACCCGGCGAUCUGGGGCGACGAGAAGCGGAUGAAGCGGGAGAUCGUCGCGUGGGCCAAGGCCGUGGCGUCCAUGGCGGCCAACAAGAACAGCUCCUCGUCGCCGUCGCCGUCGCCGUCCAUGAGACGCAGAGGAUAGCUAGUGCGCAGUUCCUUGAUGGAUGGGUUUGUAGUAGUUGAGCUUGUAGAUAGAUCGAUCGCUGAGCCUUUAGUUUGAUGGAUGGUGACUGCCGGAGUCUGAUUGUCAUGAUGGCAUGCGCCAUCUUUGUUUGGCUGCUUAGAUGCGCGAAGCAGGUGAAUCGAAGCUUGCUUGCUUUAGGCAAGGCUGAUCUAUUAUUCUUUGUUAUAUUUUUGCUAGGGGGGCUUAAGUAUAUAGGUGCUCCCCCGUCUAUAGUGUUCUUGUAAUUUUCGAUUUUUCUCUGUAAAUAUAUAUGAUCAAGAUUUAUAAGCUUGUA